AUGGCGACGACCGUGGACAAGAUCAAAGAGAUCGAGGCCGAAAUGGCCAAGACCCAAAAGAACAAGGCAACCUCUUUCCAUCUUGGACAGCUGAAGGCGAAACUCGCCAAGCUAAAGAGGGAGCUUCUUGAGCCCUCGAGCGGCGGUGGCGGUGGCGGUGUAGGAUUCGACGUGGCCAGGACUGGCGUUGCCAGUGUGGGCUUCAUCGGAUUCCCCUCGGUGGGCAAAAGUACACUUAUGAGCAGGUUGACCGGACAGCACUCGGAAGCUGCCGCAUACGAGUUCACGACGCUUACGACUGUGCCCGGCCAGGUCAUGUACAACGGAGCAAAGAUCCAGAUUCUCGAUCUCCCUGGUAUUAUCCAAGGUGCAAAAGACGGCAAAGGUCGUGGACGACAGGUGAUUGCGGUGGCCAAGACGUGCCACUUGAUUUUCAUUGUUUUGGACGUCAACAAGCCGCUGACGGACAAGCGCGUGAUUGAGAAUGAAUUGGAGGGUUUCGGUAUCCGAAUCAACAAGAGCCCGCCGAACAUUGUCCUGAAGAAGAAAGACAAGGGUGGUAUUAAUAUCACAGCCACGGUCCCGCUUACUCACAUUGACCACGGCGAGAUCAAGGCUGUGCUAAACGAGUACCGGAUGGCAAAUGCGGAUGUGGCUAUUCGGUGCGAUGCUACGGUGGAUGAUCUCAUUGACGUGAUUGAAGCAAAGAGUCGGAGUUACAUCCCGGUCAUUUACGCGCUCAACAAGAUUGAUGCAAUCAGUAUCGAGGAGCUCGACCUGCUUUACCGGAUCCCGAAUGCGUGCCCUAUCAGCUCGGAGCACGGAUGGAACAUUGACGAGCUGCUGGAGCAAAUGUGGGAGAAGCUGAACCUGGUGCGCGUGUACACGAAGCCCAAGGGCAGGAUGCCGGAUUACUCUGCACCAGUGGUAUUGCGAUCAUCCGCAUGCACCGUCGAAGACUUCUGUAAUUCGAUUCACAAGACGAUUGUGGACAAUUUCAAGCAUGCCAUCGUUUACGGAAAAUCAUGCAAGCAUCAGCCCCAGCGCGUGGGACUGUCACAUGAACUGGCCGACGAGGAUAUUGUGACGAUUGUCAAACGCUAG